AUGGGAUGCACAAAUUCGAAACAGUUGGAGACACCGGCAACCAAGCAUAAUGAUAGUUUGAAUCAAUAUUUGAGACAGGCAGGCAAGGAUGCUCAGUUGGAAUUCAGAGUACUAUUGUUAGGCGCUGGUGAAUCUGGCAAGUCUACAGUUGUCAAGCAACUUAGAUCCAUAUAUAGAUUACCAGUCGACGAUGCUGAACUACAAAGUUAUGCCAUCAACAUUCACAAGAAUACCGUACUCUGUAUGCAAGUCCUACUAGAAGCAGCUGAUACAUUACAUGUUGAAUUAACAGAUCCAGAGGCUAAAAAACGAGCUACAUCAGUGAGAGCAUUCCAGUUUGAACAAGAUGUUAAACAGAUGCCAGUAAACAUUGGAUUGGAUAUUGAAGAGUUGUGGAAAGACCCUGAUAUCCAAAAGAUUUGGGAGAGAAGAUCAGAGUAUUGGUUCUUGGAUGCCACUCCAUAUUACUUUGAUAACAUUGAAAGAUUCCUGGAGGAUGACUUUAGACCAACAGAGGAGGAUUGUAUUAUGACGAGAGUCAGGACGACAGGUAUUUCGACGACGGACCUGGAAGAAGGUCCUGUGCAUUAUAGGGUGAUUGACGUGGGUGGACAGCGUAAUGAGCGAAAGAAAUGGAUACACUGCUUUGAUGACGUCAAGGCAUUGUUCUUCGUAGUCAAUCUGGCCGGUUAUGAUCAGGUGAUGUUUGAAGACCCAUCACAGAACCGAAUGCUAGAGGCACUGACACUGUUUGGUCAGAUCUGCAACAAUCCAAUCUUUGCCAACACUCCCAUAUUCCUGCUAUUGAACAAGAAGGACCUGUUUGAGACGAUGCUGCUGAACAAGGCCGACCUGACCAAAUGCUUCCCAGAGUACAAGGGCGGACGAAACGUUCAAGUGGCGCUGGACUACAUCAAGGCGCAGUUCGAGGCCAAGCUCACCAACACGACCAAGCCCCUGUACACACACUACAUUGCUGCGCGCUACAAGAAAGAUGUCAAGUUUGCUUGGGACGAAGUCAAGAAUGUGUUGAUCGAGGAGAAUCGCAAGGUGCUCAAGUCGAGCAGCAACAAUGGCGCUGACAGCAGGCCCAAGAAGAAGAAGGCUGCUGCCAUGGCCGCAAGUUAG